CUAAGAGGUUAAUCCGGCCAUGGCCUGAGGGCUGCUUUUGUGUCCUCUCUCAAAUUACUACUCAUCACUAAACAUGUAUCUCAUUUUUAAUGUGUUUUUAUGGUUAUUUAUUACAUUUCUAUAGAUAUUAUUCUACAUUUUGUCUGUCGGGAGUUGAACGUUAACGACCAACGGCUUCAGUCCGGUUGGUUCACGGUCCGCAGGCAGGAGGAGCUAACCGCCGAGAAACUUCUGUCCCACACAGUCCGUCAGGUAUGUCCGAGCAGGCGGACCUGAAGACCAUCUGUACCAGCCAUAUCCAGUUACCUAAGGAGGACGAGGACUACAGAUAUUAUAUUUUCAGUCAGCUUACAGCAUUGUGGUUAAAGGGUCCCUUUAAGAAGUUGGUCCCUGUUGAGCAGGUGGAAACUCGAGAUAGUGGUAGUGGAGAGAAAAAAAGGAGGAGACUUGGCGAGAUAAAGAUCCGUUGAUUGCGUUGGACAGAGGGCUGAAGGGACGGCGAGUUUAUUAUGGGCUGCGUGCGAAGCGGAACAACAUCAUGGUUACAACUUGUUCAGGGGAGAAGAGGCGAAGGAAGGGCUAUAGUGAUGAUCACCCCCAGUCCAGUCCUGACAGUGAGGAUGAAGACGAUACUCCCAUGACCUCCUUUGGUGUUGCAGUCCGAGGCCUCCCCCUGGCCUUGGCGUCCAUGACACAAGCUACCGCCUCAGACUCACGCUUCCACCCUAAAUGGCGGGCGAUCACUGUGGCAACCCUGCUCGCUUUAGUGCUCAUGCUUUACCUGCACCGGACAGUGGGGGACAGAGACACUGCUACCAGAGGUUACUACCGCAACAAGGUUCACAGUUUGCACAUGCACAGUGAUGGUGAGGACGAUAUCUUCAGGGACACUAACAGACAUACUGCACCAAACUCUGCACGCUUCCAGAAAAGGGAAAAACCUUACAAUGACACAUACCCGCUAAGUCCGCCGGAGAAGACAAAGCAUGGCAUCCGCUACCGUAUCGGUGUGAUCGCAGACUUGGACACAGCGUCGCGUAGCUCUAAGGACCAGACGUGGUUCAGCUACAUGAAAAGAGGUUACCUGACUGUUUCAGACAGCGCCGACAGACUGGAGGUGGAGUGGGACGCUGAGGCGGUCACUCUGGAGAGUCAUCUGGCUGAGAAAGGACGAGGUAUGGAGCUGUCCGAGCUGGUUGUGUUCAACGGUCACCUGUACAGUGUGGACGACCGCACAGGUGUGGUGUACAGGAUCGAGGGCAACAAGGCUGUCCCCUGGGUUAUAUUACCCGACGGUGACGGCUCAGUCUCCAAAGGAUUUAAGGCAGAGUGGCUGGCCGUGAAGGAUGAGCACCUGUAUGUUGGCGGCCUGGGGAAGGAGUGGACCACAACCUCUGGGGAAGUCGUCAACAACAACCCAGAGUGGGUGAAAGUUGUCGGCUAUCAUGGUGACGUGGACCACGAGAACUGGGUGCCGUACUACAACGCCCUGCGGGGCGCAACGGGGAUCCAACCACCAGGCUACCUUAUCCAUGAAUCAGCAGCAUGGAGCGAGCGUCUCCAGCGCUGGUUCUUCCUCCCUCGCCGUGCCAGUCAUGAGCACUACGAAGAGACUGCAGACGAGCGGCGUGCCACCAACCUCCUCCUGUCCUGCCCCGCAGAUUUCAGCUACAUAUCAGUGCAGCACGUCGGACCACUCAACCCGACGCACGGCUUCUCCUCGUUUAAAUUUGUUCCAGACACGGACGAUCAAAUAAUUCUGGCCCUUAAAUCCGAGGAGGACGCAGGCAGGAUUGCCACCUACAUGAUUGCAUUCACACUAGACGGUCGGGUGCUGAUGCCUGAGACAAAGAUAGGGGAUGUAAAGUAUGAAGGGCUGGAGUUUAUCUGACAAAGACGAGGCAGAAGGCGCACACAUUCCUGAAAGUAAAAUCUGCAGGUGUCCUCCAGAUUUGAAAAGAUUAAGAACUGGAGAGCUUACAUGCAACACUGUUGAUGUUUUGAGUCCUAAGUAUUACAUUCCGCUCUCGAUCCUACUGUGCAAUAAUGACCCAAAGUUAUAUAUUUGAGAAUUAUUUACUAUGAUAAUUGAGAGGAGAUCAAAGAGUAGGAGAAAGCCACAGCACCACCAAGAGAGGACAGAUACAAACGAUUGACCAGGUCACUUUGUGUGUGACUGGUUCAGGCUGUGACUAGCCACCCACACCAGUCACACACAAAUUGUUAUUCACCACCAUUUGAAUGAUUUUAAUGUUUUAUAGGCUUAACUACUUCUCAUCAGUGCUGGUAGAUUGAUACUUUCUAAAUAUGAUCGAAACCAUAAAGUAAAAGUCAUGGUUUGACUAGACACUACUGAUAUCCAAGAGGAGUCUGGGUACAAAAGUUUUUAUCAAACACCAGGUAAUGUGGAUCUCCUCUCCUGGAGCUCAAACUCUGCUGGUCAGACACUCAGGGGAGCAAAUGGGAUAAAACAUUAAAAAAAGAAAUGAAAUAGAAAUGAAUGUCCUUAAAUUACUUGAAAUAUUAAAACGUACUCACGCACACACUUUGUAUUUCAUCUUACCUCGACACUGAAGUGUCCAUUAUUAGAUUUAUAUUGAUGUAAUGGGUCCGUUUACUCCAUAUGUACCAACUUCUGCUUCAUAACCUACAUGUGAUUACGUUAUUUAGAGCAGGUCCACAUCAAUAAACGGCAUAUCAUCAGCUUCUCAAGCCAGAGAAAGUGAAACACCAGCUGUUUUAAAGAUUAAUAAUUCAUAUUCUCCUUUUGUAUCCUCUCAAAAACACAAUUAAAAUACCUACUCUUGUUUGAA